UUUAAAAAUUGGUUUUUUUAUCACCUUUCACCCACUCCAAAUUCAGCUUCUUCCCUCUCUCCCAAGCAAUGAGUGGCAUGCUGUGUGUAUGUCCCAAUUUUCAUGGAACUCUCAGUUGUGUUGAACCAACCCAGUUUUCAAUUUCCCUAUAUCCCCAUCUCCAAACUUCAUCUCUUCUCACUUCAACUACCCAGAAGCAGAAACCUCUUCAGCUCACAAAACCAUGCCACACCACAACCACUUCAACUCACCAACCCACAACAAGUUCCCCUUGUGUUGGAAAUGGAAGCUAUGGCUCAGUACCUCAAAGGGAGAAGAAUAUUGAGGAAGAACCUGCAAUUUUGAAUGUGAAUGUGAAUACAAAGCAGUUGCUGAAAAAAUAUUCUUCCAUGUUGGGUGAUUGUACUUCCAGAGCGGCUUUGAAUGAGGGAAUGGCCAUUCAUGGGCACCAGUUGAAAAAUGGGGUUGACCCAGAUUCUCACUUUUGGGUUUCGCUGAUUAACUUUUAUGCGAAAUGUGGUAAACUCAGUUAUGCGCGCCAGGUGCUUGAUGAAAUGCCUGAACAAGAUGUUGUCUCGUGGACGGCGUUGAUUCAAGGUUUUGUGGGUAAGGGUGAUGGCCGGGAAGGUAUUCGUUUGUUUUGUGAGAUGAUAAGGGCAGGGGUAAGGCCGAAUGGAUUCACGGUGGCAAGUUGUUUGAAAGCUUGUUCUAUGUGCUUGGAUGUUGGAUUAGGGAAACAGGUUCAUACGGAAGUGAUUAAGGCUGGCUUGUUAUCUGAUGUGUUUGUUGGGUCUGCACUGGUUAAUCUGUAUGUGAAAUGUGGUGAAAUGGACCUCGCCGAUAAGGUGUUCUUUUGCAUGCCUGAGCAGAAUGAAGUGUUGUGGAAUGUGUUGAUUAAUGGCCAUGCUGAAGUGGGUGAUGGGAAGGAAGCGUUUAUAAUGUUUUGCAAAAUGUUAAAAUCAGAAAUAAUGUUCAGUGAAUUUACCUUGUCCAGUGUUCUCAAGGGUUGUGCAAAUUCAGGAGACUUGAGAAAUGGCCACCUCUUGCAUUGUUUGGCAAUCAAAAGUGGUUUCGAACGAGAUAAGGUUUUGGGUUCUAGUCUUAUAGAUAUGUACUCUAAGUGUGAUUUGGUAGGUGAUGCACUGAAACUCUUUUCUAUGACCACAGAUCAUGACGUAGUUUCAUGGAGUGCAAUGAUUGCGUGCCUUGAUCAGCAAGGGCGUAGCAAAGAAGCAGUUAAGCUAUUUCACUUGAUGAGACAUACAGGUGUUGAACCAAACGAGUAUACCUUUGCAAGUGUUCUUAGUGCCGCCACUGAAUUAGAAGACUUUCAAUAUGGAAAAAGUAUCCAUGCUUGUGUUUUUAAAUAUGGAUUUGAAUCUGAUAUCUCAGUAAGUAAUGCCCUUAUCAGGAUGUACAUGAAACAUGGUCAUGUGCAUAAUGGUGCUCUUGUAUUUGAGGCGAUGGCAGGACCGGAUCUUAUUUCAUGGAAUAACCUGUUGUCUGGAUUUCACGAUAAUGAUUCCUGCAAAUUCGGACCUAGAACUUUCUAUCAGAUGCUUGUUGAAGGUUUUAAGCCCAAUAUGUAUACAUUUAUCAGUGUUUUAAGGUCUUGUUCUAGUCUCUUAGACGUAGACUUUGGGAAGCAAGUUCAUGCACAAGUUGUGAAAAACAAUCUUGAUGGAAAUGAGUAUGCUGGGAUAGCUCUCGUGGACAUGUAUGCCAAAUGUCGGUGUAUUGAAGAAGCAUACUUGAUUUUUGCUAGUUUGAUCAAUCGAGAUGUCUUUACAUGGACAGUAAUGAUAACUGGUUAUGCCCAAACUGACCAAGCAGAGAAGGCUCUUAAAUUCCUCAAUUUAAUGCGGCAAGAAGGAAUAAAGCUCAAUGAGUUCACCGUGGCUGGUUGUUUAAGCGGUUGUUCCCAAAUAACCGCCACCGAGAGUGGAAUGCAGCUUCACUCAGUGGCAAUUAAGAGUGGACUUCUGCUUGAUAUGCAUGUUUCUAGUGCCCUUGUUGAUAUGUAUGCAAAAUGUGGCUCCAUAGAAGAUGCUGAGACUAUAUUCAAGGGAUUGGUAACACGUGAUACAGUCCUGUGGAACACUAUGAUAUGUGGGUUCUCUCAGCACGGUCACGGCAAUAAGGCUCUCGAGACCUUUCAGGCAAUGAAAGAUGAGGGUAUCUUACCAGAUGAGGUUACCUUUCUAGGUGUCCUUUCUGCAUGUAGCCACAUGGGUCUUGUUGAAGAAGGGAAGCGACACUUCAAUUCUAUGAGCAACGUUUAUGGCAUAACUCCUGGAGAUGAGCAUUAUGCUUGUAUGGUUGGCAUUCUCAGCCGCGCUGGAAGAUUUACUGAGGUUGAAAGCUUUGUUGAAGAGAUGAAGCUAACAUCUAAUGCCUUGAUCUGGGAAACUGUUUUGGGUGCAUGUGCAAAGCACGGUAAUGUUGAAUUGGGCGAAAGGGCUGCAGAGGAACUCUUUAAGCUCAAACAUGAAACAGACUCAACUUAUAUAUUACUUUCUAAUAUUUUUGCUAGCAAAGGUAGGUGGGAAGAUGUCAGAAAGGUAAGGGCCUUAAUGUCCAGCCAGGGUGUGAAAAAGGAACCUGGAUGUAGCUGGUUAGAAAUUAACAAUGAAGUACACGUCUUUGUGUCAGAUAGUGUACAUCCAAACAUGCCAGAAAUUCGUUUGAAACUGGAGGAGCUUGGUCAAAGACUUAGAUUGGUGGGUUAUGCCCCACAAAUUCAACAUGUGCUUCAUAAUGUUCCAGACAAAGAGAAAAAAGAACAUCUUAGUCAUCACAGUGAGAAGUUAGCUCUUGCUUUUGCCCUUGUGAGCAACAGCCAUAUGAAAACAAUCCGGAUUUUUAAAAACCUUCGCAUUUGCUGUGAUUGCCAUAACUUUAUGAAGCUUGUCUCAGUCAUCAUAAAUAAAGAAAUAGUUGUUCGUGACGUAAAUCGGUUCCACCAUUUCAAGGGUGGAUCUUGCUCCUGUCAGGAUUUUUGGUGAUAAUUAGCCUCUAAAAACAAGUCUACUGAAGUCAUACCAUUUAGCAUACUUAUUUCCUCAAGAAAUGGAGAGGUUAUCGACAGUGAAAGUUCUCCGGAAGAUGGAACUACUAUCGAAAUGAAUGGAAUGCUUCUCUCAUCUCAAAGGAAUCUUGCCGUUGUGUAUAGCUUGUUAUUCAGAAUUGUGGACGAAUGUGGAGCGAUGCGACUGUGAUUGCGGUUGUGAUGUUGAUGUGAGGACUCCAAAACCCGUUAAUUUAGGCCGCACUUACAAUAAUUAGGGACCACAGUUUGAAACUCUGCAAACAAGCUUUAAGUUUUUUGUUAGAAAAG